CUCUCUCUCUCUCUCUCUCUCUGCUGCUCUCCGCAUUUGCCUGCUCCGGCGACUGCUCUGCCUCCUCUCUACGUUUCUCUCUCCUCACUUCCGGCGGUCACUGAUCUGUGGCGCAGCCGCUCUUCCGCAUCCGUAGCUGCUUGCCAACUGAAGUGAAUGAAGUUCUGUAAUCUACUGAUUUCCUGCUGAAUCAGUGAGUGGCCCUGAUCUGGGAUAAUCUGAAUCCGGCUCUCCGGGAACUACGGCCUAAGGGAGCUCCCAAAUCCCAGUGGGGGGCAACUGCCCCCAUUGCCCCCACUUCUUGUGUCCGUUUACUGUGGUGUGGUUAGACCCGCCCUGAUCGAUCCAUGGUCCUUUUAGAUCGGUCAUGGCGAACUUCUUAGCUCAGUUCCAGACCAUCAAGGGCUCCUCUGAUCAUCUCGUCGUCGCCGUUGAAGAUGUGAGUGACUUGUGGCCAACUGUCAAGAAAGGAUUCGAAGAGCGGAUACCAUUCAAAAGAGCUUGCUUAAAUAAUAAGACACGUAAUUCGGUGUUUGUUGAGAACUUGCCUGCCGAAUUCAUCUUGACAACAGAUGCGAGACUCCGGAGCCGGUUUCCACAAGAACAGUCACUAUUUUGGUUUCGAGAACCAUAUGCAACAGUCAUCCUGGUUACAUGCGAGGAUCUUGACGAGUUCAAAACCAUCCUAAAGCCGCGCUUGAAACUAAUAGUCCAGAAUGACGAGCGUGAAUGGUUCAUCGUGUUUGUUUCUAAAGCUCAUCCAAGCAAUGACCAGGCCACCAAAAUGGCAAAAAAAGUAUAUGCCAAACUUGAAGUUGAAUUUAGCUCAAAGAAGAGGGAAAGGUGCUGCAAAUUCGACAUGCAUGGUCCUGAAGCAAAUUUCUGGGAAGAUCUGGAUAUCAAGAUUGUUGAAUCCAUCAGAAAUACACUGGUUAGGCGAGUCCAGUUUUACGAGGAUGAGUUACGAAAGCUCAGUGAGCAGCGCUUCAUGCCAGUUUGGAACUUCUGCAACUUUUUCAUAUUGAAGGAAAGCUUGGCAUUUAUAUUUGAAAUGGCUCAACUUCACGAAGAUGCAUUGCGCGAGUACGAUGAACUAGAACUCUGCUACUCGGAGACAGUAAAUGUUGCUGGGAAACAGAGGGACUUUGGAGGAGUAGAGCGGGGUGAUGAUCAGGCAGCACUGCUUAACCCUGGAAACAAGCCACUAACCCAAAUUGUUCAAGAUGACUCCUUUAGGGAAUUUGAGUUCAGACAAUACCUCUUUGGCUGUCAAGCGAAGCUUCUAUUUAAACUCAACCGCCCUUAUGAAGUUGCAUCCAGGGGUUACUCAUUCAUAAUAAGCUUCUCAAAGGCCUUGGCGUUAUAUGAGAGUAUACUUCCUUUUUGUAUGCGUGAAGUUUGGGUAGUAACUGCUUGCCUGGCUUUGAUCAAUGCAACUUCAUCCCACUAUAAAGAUGGCCUUGUGGCGCCAGAUGUGGAAAAGGAGUUCUAUCGUCUUGAAGGUGAUCUCUAUUCGCUUUGCAGGCUCAAGUUCAUGAGACUGGCGUACCUGGUUGGUUAUGGAACACAUUUGGAAAGAAGUCCUGUCAACAGUGCUUCACUGAGUAUGCUACCUUGGCCAAAGCCCGCAGUCUGGCCAUCAAUUCCACCUGAUGCUUCAUCUGAGGUGCUUGCAAAAGAAAAGAUGAUCCUGCAAGCUAGUCCCAGAGCCAAGCACUUUGGUAUCCAAAGGAAACAGUUGCCUCUUGAACCUUCAGUAUUGUUGCGAGAGGCUAACCGACGCAGAGCUUCGCUUUCUGCUGGAAAUAUGCAUGAAAUAUUUGAUGGAGGGAUGUCACCAUCAAAUAAAUCGCAUGCAGCUGCUAUGUCGCGUACCAACUCAUCUCCUGGAAAUUUUGAAAGCUCAAUUGAUCGGCCUAUGAGACUUGCGGAAAUUUAUGUUGCUGCAGAACAUGCCUUGCGGAAUACAAUUUCAAAUCCCGAUCUUUUGAAAUCUUUGUCAUCUUUGGAAGAAUUUGAGCAAAAAUAUAUGGAACUGACGAAAGGUGCUGCUGAUAAUUACCAUCAUUCAUGGUGGAAACGACAUGGAGUUGUCCUUGACGGUGAGAUUGCAGCCGUCAGCUUUAGGCAUGGAAAUUUUGAUCUAGCUGCAAAGUCAUAUGAGAAGGUCUGUGCUCUUUACGCGGGCGAAGGAUGGCAUGAUUUACUGGCUGAAGUCCUGCCUAAUCUAGCUGAAUGUCAGAAGAUAUUGAACGAUGAAGCUGGGUACUUAUCUUCUUGUGUGAGAUUGCUUUCUCUGGGUAAAGGCUUGUUCUUGACCAAGGAGCGUCAAGCUUUUCAGUCUGAAGUUGUCCGUCUUGCACAUAGUGAGAUGAAGCAGCCCGUACCCUUGGAUGUGUCAUCGUUAAUUACAUUUUCAGGCAACGCCGGGCCUCCUGUGAAAUUAUGUGAUGGGGAUCCUGGCACUCUAUCUGUAACUGUAUGGAGCGGUUUUCCUGAUGAUAUAACUCUUGAUUCGCUUAACCUCACUUUGAUGGCUACCUUUAACACUGAUGACGGAGUUAAGGCAUUAAAGAGCUCUACUGCAAUUGUUUUGAAGCCUGGAAAAAAUACUAUUACCCUUCCUUUGCCCCCACAGAAACCGGGGUCGUAUGUCUUGGGCGUUCUUACUGGGCAGAUUGGGAAAUUGAAAUUUAGAUCACACAGUUUCUCCAAAGGUGGCCCAGCUGACAGUGAUGACUUUAUGAGCUAUGAAAAACCAGUUAAACCUAUUUUAAAGGUUUUCAAUCCAAGGCCUCUGGUUGAUCUCGCUGCAGCUAUAUCAUCCGCUCUAUUGAUAAAUGAGCCUCAGUGGAUUGGGAUAAUAGUAAAGCCAAUUGAUUAUUCCCUGAAAGGCGCAGUUUUGCACAUUGAUACUGGUCCGGGCCUGAAGAUUGAGUCACAUGGCAUUGAGAUGGAAGGCCGCACCAAGCCAAUAGAGAAUACUGUCGCCGAAAAUGGUUCUUUGACUGAGAAAAAGAAGUUUGAGCUGUUAAAACUUGAGAAUGGUCGGGUAGUAUUUCCAGAUUGGGCAAGUGAGACAGAUUCUGUUCUGUGGAUUCCAAUUCGAGCCAUUAGUGACCAGCUUCCAAAAGGAUCAUCUUCAGGGGACUCCCAGAAGCGGAGCAUUGUUGAUGGGAUGAGGACUAUUGCACUCAAACUUGAAUUUGGAGUAUCCCACAACCAGAUAUUUGACAGGACCAUAGCCGUCCAUUUUACUGACCCUUUCCAUGUCACAACUCGUGUUGCCGAUAAAUGCAAUGAUGGUACUUUGCUUCUGCAGGUUACACUCCAUUCUCAAGUAAAUGCAAUGUUGACCAUUUAUGAUGCUUGGCUUGACCGUCAAGGUGGAGUUGUUCAUAUGGGAAAAGGUGAUGGCAGGCCAACUUCAGGCUUCUUUCCUCUCAUCAUUUCUCCCACCACACGAGCUGGAAUACUUUUUAGUGUAUGCAUGGAGAACAUGGUCUCUGGAGAUGAAGUUAAGGCAUCUGAGGCUGACACGAUACUAAACAUUAAAUACGGAAUCUCUGGUGAUCGGACGACCGGGGCCCACCCUCCCGUCUUGGUAGAAUCUGCUGAGUCUGAUGGCACGAAGCAGGAUUUGAUCUUCAGGAGCGCCCUCAUCUUUCAGAGGCCAGUCCUUGACCCGUGCCUGGCAGUUGGUUUUCUUCCUCUUCCUUCCAGCAGCUUGAGAGUUGGGCAACUAGUUACCAUGAAAUGGAGGAUCGAGAGGUUGAAGAAUUUCGAGCAGGACGAAAUAUUGUAUGAAGUCAAUGCGAAUACCCUGAAUUGGAUGAUUGCCGGUCUUAAAAGAGGGCACGUCUCUCUCUCCCCUGAGCAAGGUUCGAGAAUUGUUAUCUCGAUAUUGUGCGUCCCCCUUGUGGCGGGUUAUGUUCAUCCUCCACAGUUGGGGCUUCCAAACAUCAAAGAAGCAAGCAUAAGUUGCAACCCGGCAGGGCCCCACCUUGUUUGCGUCUUGCCACCGGCUCUGAGCUCCUCUUUCUGUAUUCCCGCAUGAAAGAUCACAGCUCCUGAUGCAUUUCUGUUUUGCGUCUGCUCUACUUUUACAUCCGUCCUCAUACAUCUGUGCAAAUUCUUCCGAGGUUCGGGCAUUGGAGAGAAGAGGCUUGGUUAAGGCAUUCCGGUUCCGCUAAACACAAUAUUCUUUCUUUUCUCUUGUUUUUAUUCUUCUGGUGUCAUAGUUUGAAAUCUUAUAUCGAAGUACAUCACUCGGUUUGUGUACAGUAGGACAUUGAAAUUCAUCUUUGUUGUACAACACAGAUCAUAGCGGUUGGUAGAUAGACAUGAAUUGCCAUGUUUUCACUCAGUUCCUUGGUGCAGAGAACUGAACUUUGGAAAAUGAUCUGUUUAUGUUGAUGUAGAGGUGACACUGAUGCGGCACCAACGGAUGGGUCCUCUGAAUUCUAUGAAUCGACCACACUAAUAAAUUAUAGUUCCAACUUA